CGCCGGAGCCAAUCACAGGGCUCGCAGUGAGGGCUGACGUUCCUAUCGCGAGGUUAUCAACAUUAGCUCGGUUAGUUAGCUAGCCGCGAAAAGAAAAACCUUAUCGGUGUCCGGACGCUGUUUACGUUUUAAUUCUCAGCCCUGACAGGACUCACGCUUUGCUGUUUGUUUUACCGUCUUCUCACGCACGUAAGGAAGGAUAACCGCUGGAGCUUGUGUGUUUUUUUUGCACGGAUCCCCAAUGAUGAGUUAUGCUGAAAAGCCAGAAGACAUCACAAAAGAAGAGUGGAUGGACAAGCUGAACAAUGUGCACAUACAGAGGGCAGACAUGAACCGGCUCAUCAUGAAUUACCUGGUGACAGAGGGGUUCAAAGAGGCCGCAGAGAAGUUCCGGAUGGAGUCUGGGAUCGAGCCGAGCGUGGACCUGGACUCUUUGGAUGAAAGGAUAAAGAUUAGAGAGAUGAUCCUGAAGGGACAGAUACAAGAAGCUAUCGCGCUCAUCAACAGCUUACACCCGGAGCUGCUCGACACCAAUCGAUACUUGUAUUUUCAUCUGCAGCAGCAACAUUUGAUUGAGCUAAUCAGGCUAAGGGAGACUGAGUCAGCGCUGGAGUUUGCCCAGACACAGUUGGCCGAGCAGGGUGAGGAGAGCCGCGAGUGUCUGACAGAGAUGGAGAGAACAUUAGCCCUCCUGGCCUUUGACAACCCCGAAGAGUCGCCCUUUGGAGACCUGCUCAACAUGAUGCAGCGGCAAAAGGUGUGGAGCGAGGUGAAUCAAGCUGUGCUGGACUAUGAAAACAGGGAGUCGACGCCCAAACUGGCCAAACUCCUGAAGUUACUGCUUUGGGCACAGAACGAGCUCGACCAGAAGAAGGUGAAAUAUCCCAAAAUGACUGACCUCAGCACGGGCACCAUCGAGGACCCCAAGUGAACACGACGACAGAUGAGAACAACCACCUUCCACGUCCCCUUAAUUUAUGAUCAGUCAGUGACUGUGUUGACAACCAGGUAACAUAUAUGUAUAAACAAAUGCUACUUUUGUUUUUUCAUGUUUGUCAUGAAAGGUCAUUGUGCAAACUGUAAAUUGCUGUAUUUGCAAAUUGACAGAUUAUUUAGUUUAAAUACCGAUCCUGGAUUUUUAGAUAGAUCUCGGAGGAGGAAACAGAAAAUUGCUGUUUUAUAUUUUGUCUUUCUGAAGCCUGAGUCAGUAGUAUUAUUUAUUGUGACCAUUUUCCCCACCGCACCAUGACUUUACGUUGCUAGAAAGAGAGUUGAUGGUAUAAAUGAACAAUGUUAAUACGGUGGUGUGUCUGUGUGUGUGUGUGUGUGGAGCCAAAAACUUGGCUCCCCAGGAAGAAGGAGAGUACAACUGUGACGGCGAAACCUCACCGGGCACGUCUCGGACUUGAUGCUGAUUUGAUCUGUUCUCCACGUGAGCAACAUGAUGAGCUCCGGCAGCUGUGGUGCACGCAAAACGUGUUUCAUCCGUGCCCGGUGGACUUUGGCUGUUAACGGUUUAAAGUUUGAAACGACAGGCACACAGUUGCGAUGCUGUUUUGCUCCACGUGACUUCAGACCCCAACAGAAGCGUUUCAGAAGCGUUUGACAUGCCAACUUGCUCAGAUUUGGUCACUUUUCUCAGAUUUAUGUGCUUCUAAAUAUGUAAAUAUGCUACCUAGUUAAAUUGUUUCCCUUUUUGUCAGAUUUUACAAGUUUGCACAGGGUGUUUUUUUUUAUUUUAUUUUGAAAAUCGACCGAAUUCUCUAUGCUGUUUCUGUGUCGGACUCCGGGCCAGCUCGAUCUGCUUGUGCCCGUCCGUCAGAAAUAAAACCGCCGUGUAUUUUCGACUGAGCCAAGCGGAGAGAUGCUUCUGAACUUCUGUGGCGCUUCUGGUGGGGUUUAAAACAUUGACUUGGACGGUUGCAUCCGUGCCCGGUGGAGUUUGGCCGUUAAUGGUUUAAACUUUGAAACAGGAGACACACGUUUUACUCUCCUUUUUUUGCUUUUAAGUGAAGAUAUGUUUAGAUUGAGAUGACGCGUUGAGAGAGUCUAGAUUGUUUCAAAUCAGAAGUAAGUUUAAAAUUUAAAUUUCAUACGCAAAAUGUGAGUAUUUUUCAAUUAAAUGGAAAGACGCUUUAUUAAUGUAAUAUAGUUUUAAUUAAUAUAAUAUUUUAUGAUUUUAUUUCGUGUGAUCUCUGACGAUUUGCUAUAGAAAUCAACCACUUGCUUUCUACACCUUUUUUUUUUUUGUUAAAUUUGAUUGUACCUUCACAGUAUGUCUACGGGAUGAGCUGCCUUGUAAAAAAAAAAAGAAAAAAAAAAAGAUCAUUUCACAGUUUGAGUGUUCGAGAGACUGACGGGUUGGAAUCAGAGACUUUCUGAGUGAGUUCGACCAUUACCGAGCAUAAAGUACGCACUGCCCAUGCAUGCGACAUGCUCCGAAUGGUUUUAUGGUUACAUGGGGAUGAUAAUCCAUAAACAGAGGGAUGGUUUAUGCUGCCCGAGAGAAAGGGCUGCUCAGAUAAAGUAAUGCAAAUGAAUGACAGGGCCAGUUAUAACUGGCCCCUGGCCUCUUUAAAAUCUAUUCAGACUUUUGUUCAUUGGCUUUAUUUUGGUAAUUAUGAUGAUGAAACCUGAACAGGCAUUUUGAAAAAGGGGGUCACAGAACUUGCUGUCCAUUUUGCCAUUUUUAAAGCCGUUUACCUGCAUGUAAGUGUAUCUUUUUUUAUUUUGAUUUUUGAUUUUUUUUUAUUGUUGUUUUGAAUGGGAAAAGGCACUUGUGCUUGUUAAUUUUGUUUGGUUUGUUUACUUUUUAUAUACAUAUAUAAAAAAAACAAAAACAAACUUGCUGCUAGUUGUCCAUCCUUAAUUUCUUUUAAGGUUGUAUUGUCUUUAUAGAUAUUGGCUUUGACAAAUACUGAGACCUAGAGAGCUCACAUCCCUUUUAUUAUUCAACAUUUUUAAGAUCAGAUUUGCAAUUAUUAAAAUAAACAAAACUUUUGUGAACCAUA